ACUAGAAACUAGUACUAGUAGUCUUCGGAGAGCAGUGGAGUCGGCGACAUAAUACAAUGCAUCCUGGAAUAUGCAACAUCGCACUUCAUUUCCUAACUGGCCUAGGAGCGUACGCGGCGAUUAUAUUUCUGUUCGACUGCUUAAAAUCUCCUUUCAAUAUAUUUUGGAAUACGAUUUUCUCCAACAGUAAACCGUUCAAAACGCGAUACGGACCAUGGGCAGUAAUCACAGGAUCUUCGGAUGGGAUCGGAAAGCAAUAUGCAUUCAAUCUGGCCAGCAAAGGAAUGAACGUGUUUCUCAUCUCGAGAACGGAGUCGAAAUUGAUCAAAAUUGCCGAAGAAAUACAAUCAAAGCACGCAGUCGAUGUUAAAUGGUUGUCGAUCGAUUUCUCCAAGAGUCAACAGAUUUACGAGGACAUCAGCGAAGCGCUUUCCGGGCUAGACAUCGGAAUGUUGGUGAACAACGUCGGAACUACUCACCAAUAUCCGUUAGAAUUUGACCGUGUGCUAAGGAACGAAUUACAGCAAAUCAUUUCGGUUAACAUCGAAACGGCCCUGAUGAUGACCCACAUGGUGCUACCCGGUAUGAAACGUCGACGUCGAGGAAUUAUUAUUAAUAUGUCUUCGGCGGCCGGACUGUCCCCGAUGCCACAUGUUUCGGUUUAUGCGGCCUCCAAGGCAUUCAUCAACCACUUCACGUUGGCCCUGAAGGAGGAACUCCGCGGAACGGGCGUCGAAUGUCAGCUGGUUUAUCCCUUGUUUAUCGUUACCAACCUUACGGGACAUUUACUGACCGUAAAUUGGUGGGCAUUUCUCGCAACUGGAGUUAAGAAGUUUACGAAAUUCGCUGUAUUUACUAUUGGCAAAACAGAUUGCACGACCGGUUUUUGGAGGCAUGGAUUACAACUGACAAUUCUCAAGAUUUGCAACCCACUGAUGAGUUUAAAAAUAUUUUCAUUUGCUGUGCAAUCGCUAGGAGGCAAAUCCCAUGGACAAUAAAGUAAUUUGUGUUCGGUAAAAUAAUAUGAUUCGAUAGAAUGUUCCACCUAGACAUUAGGUUGAGGAAAUAGGAUAUCCAUUUGUAUUUCAGUAGUGAAAAAUCGGUUUUGGGUCCUGAAAAUGUAAUUGUCAUGGAAUUCUUUUCGUGCAUUACCUUAAAAUAGAGGAAACCAUCAACAGUAAGCCCGAGUCUUCAAGGUUCACGAUGCGCACGAAAGUUUUUGCACUUACUUGAACACCGUCUUCCAUGUUUGAGCUUGUACACGUUGAAUUGUUUUCAAGUUUGUACACAAGCGCUGUGUACAAGGUUGAACAUCACCUCGGUGUGCUAUUUGAGGCGAACAGUUGAGUAGUGAGUUUGAGUUUCGCACUUUGCAAAAUCAUUUCAACUAAAAUUUCAUGAAUAUUAUUCGAGUAAAACAUCAAUAUAAAGAAGUAAUAAACACAAAAGAAAAAUAAUGAAAUCCCUACGAUACUUUUGAUUUACAAAAAAGUCAUAUGAAACAGACAUCAGUUGAAUCAAAACAUCAUCAUCAGUGUAAAACAAAAUUGUAA